ACUGACGGGGAAACUGAAUAAAUGGCCGCCGGUACUGGGCGGCGUGAUGUCGCUCUCUGCCGUAGGUGUGGGUGGGCCUCGGACGCCGUACGAGUUCUGGUGUCGUCGUUCUCUCUGCUUCGCUCCCCCGGGUUGACCAGGAAGAGGGACACUCACUUUUUCGUGUCCGCCGCCUUCCGCUGGUCCACUCGGCUGCUCGGAUCCCUGACAGGAGCCAGGUGAUAUUUAACUCUGCCAUCUUGAACACUGUUUUCAUAAUGGAGUUUCCUGAUUUGGGGAAGCAUUGUUCAGAAAAAACUUGCAAGCAGCUAGAUUUUCUUCCACUGAAAUGUGAUGUAUGUCAACAAGAUUUCUGUAAAGAUCAUUAUACAUAUGCUGCACAUAAAUGUCCCUUUGCAUUCAAGAAGGAUGUUCAGGUCCCGGUAUGCCCGCUUUGUAACAUCCCCAUCCCAAUAAAAAAGGGAGAGAUACCAGAUGUGGUGGUUGGUGAGCACAUUGACAGAGACUGUAAAUAUCAUCCUGGGAAGAAUAAAGAGAAGGUUUUUACAUACCAGUGCUCAAAAGAGGGAUGUAAGAAGAAAGAGAUGCUACAGGUGCCUUGUGUCCAGUGUCAUGGAAAUUUCUGUAUUCAGCACAGACAUCCUCUGGACCACAGCUGCAAACAUGAUAGCCGCCCCACCAGCAAAUCCGGGUGGUAAGAAAAGAGAUGACAUCACUUUAUCUGUUAUUCAAGCUGGCACAUUGGCUUACUUUUGUGUAUUAUUUUAACUUUGUAGAUAACAUUUAUGCUCUAGUACUUUCAUAGUUCUCGUGGCAAACGGUCUGAAUCUUUAUUGAAACUUUUAAUAAAAUAUACAAGUUCUUUGGCAAAAUCAGAAGGAUAUUAAGUGAUAUUCCAAGGUAGGUUAAGUUACUACAACAAUGAAAUAAAAUAAAGUGGCUUAAAGAGCAAAGGAUCCAAGUGAGUAAGCCAAAUUGCAGGACAGCCCUGUCUUGGGCUGAGUCAGUCAAGGAACUGGUCUUCUGGAACUUUCUAUCACUUAAACCGUAUAACUGACUGUAGCUCAAUCUUUACCAUGUGGCUUCUGUAAUGAUGUGGCCUUCUGAUCAAAGGGAAGGAGGAAGGACCUCUACCCGCCUUGUCCUCCACUCACGUUCCCUGAGAGAACACAGCCAUGUGACCAUUUCUGACUUCAGGGGUCUGGUAUUCCCUUCUAUGAAGGAAGAACAUUUGUUUUGGUGCACUGCUAGUUGCUGACCCUGCCACAGCCGACUUCUUAAACACAAUUUUCAGUAACAAGCUAGUCAGUUAGACAUCCUAAUCUGUACAUGGACAACACUGAGAAGAAAUCACAAUGCCAGCUGUUCAAGACAAAGCUCUGUCUGGUGUUGAAGUUAUAUAAACUUCCAGAAGUAACUUAAAACUAUAAUAGCAGAAAGAGGGCUUCCUUGACUACUGGAGGUUAUGGGGGUCUGGGUAUUAAUAGUUUUGAAGAGCAGAAUGCCCAAACAGAAGUGGGUGGGGUGAAGGAUAAACAGGUGUGUGGUCCACAGUCAUUCACAGGUUAGAUGAUGAACAAGUAUACCCUUCACAGCCUGAUGCUGUUUUUUCUGCUGGCCAUGACUUCAUGCAGUGAGAACAUGUAGUUCAUUAUAAUGUGUAUAUCAGCAUUAGAUUUGUACUGGCAGCCUUGAUACAUGUUGAUAGCACUCAUUUCCUGGGAUCUUGGGUGUCAGGAAAUAAGGUGAAACAAAAUGCCAUCCGAGUUCAGUCCUGAUAGUCAAGGAUUACCUUCUAGUAAUCCAAACAUCCCAUUGAGACAGUUUACUGCACCUGGAUUAAUAAAAAUCCAAACAGUUACUCGUUUUUCUGGUUCCAUACUUUCAAAAUAUAACGGGGCAGGGUUUGUAUUCAGUUUGCAUUCUGUAAAUAGGUGAUCAAAACUAUUUCUUCAUUGUCUUAUUUAAUGGUAUUCUAGGCCAGUGGUUCUCAAGCUUUAGCAUGCAUCAGAACACCUCUAGGACUCCUUAAAACAGAGUGCUGGGCCCCCCUCUCAGAGUUUCUGAUUCUGUGGACUGGGGUAGACUCUGAGAAUUUGCACUAAGAGCAAGUUCCUAGGUGAUGCUGGUGCUGCUGGCCUGGGGACCCCACUUGGACAAACCACUUUUCUGUAUCUCCACUGUCCAAUAUGGCAGCCACUAGCCAUAUAUGCUAUGGAGCACUUGAAAUGUAGCCAGUACAACUGAAUUUUUAUUUAAGUUUAAAAACUAAUAGUUCAUUUAUCAGAGAACUUUAUGUAAGGAACUUAGGUAUGUAAGUCUAUUUUGUCAAGUGUAAAUUUUGUUAAAUCUAAAUACAGAUCAGAUGUUUCUGAUGAAUAUUCAGUGUCCAAAUUGAGAUGUUUCCAAAUUGAGAAUCAAAAGCACUGGGCUUUGAGGACAAUAAAAAAGUAAUAAAAUAUCAUUGUUAAAAAUAUUUACAUGCUGAAAUAAUAUUUUGGUUGUGAUGGAUUAAUAAAACAUUAAAAUUAA